AUGAAGGUCAUCGCGAUGCGCGACCAUCGGGAUCUCAAAACAAUGAGUACUACUCAAAUCUCCAGCGAUUUAAAGGCAUAUGAGUUUGAGAAAGAAGCACUGAUGGAGGAGGAACCCGAGGCGAGAAAUGUAGCAUUGAUUGCAAAUCAGCAGCCCUCAUCGUCAACCAUAAGGUCAAACUCUAACCCUUCUGAUUUAUUCAUUGAUGAUCAACUUGCUUUGUUUAUGAGGAAGUUCAAGAGAUUCAUGAGGAAAAACCAGCCUCAUGACAACUCGAGCAAGCAAAGAACGUCGAGGCAUAGACAUGCUGACAAGCCCAGUGGAUUGAGAACACGUGAUGCCGAGGAAGUGCAGAUGCUAUGCUACAAUUGUAGGAAGCUUGGACAUUUCAAAGCUGAAUGUCCUUAUCAAAUUGUCAAGAAGCAUCAAGAGGAAUACGGCGACUAUAGAAAGAGUUCGAGUAAUCACAACAAUCCGAGGAGUACGACUACUUAUACAAAUGAGCAAACUAUCAACUACUCUAGUAGCAACCCGAAGAGUGACAAACGAAGGAAAGCUCUGGCUGUGGAGGAAAAGCCAGAAGAAAAAAAUGACGAGCCGUGCACGUCAAGUUCUAGUUCAGAGAGUGAUAGCUCAGAAGAUGAGAAGGGACUCAUCUGUCUCUUCAACCAAGAGGAAUCAGACGAAGAGUUAUGUCUCAUGGCGGACGAAGAAGAGGUAACUUCUCAAAACUACUACUCUAAUUGCAGUUCUGAAUCUAGCUAUCAUGAGAAUCCUAGGGAAUCAUUCGAAAGAAUGAUGAAGGAAUUCGAUGAUGUUAAAUGUACACAUUCUAAACUUAAGGCAGAGAAUGCUCGACUAGUGACAGAAAGACAAGAUCUCGAGGACUUAAAAGUCCAAAAAUACUGA